AUUUGAAUUAUUGGCAUUCCCGUCGGACACUUUGUGUGUUUGGAAGGAAAAUUACAGUUUUAAGACUUUGUGUAGUAAGUGAAUCAUGGAUGAUUGUGAAUGGAGUUCGGAGAGUAGCGUGGACUCUGAUGCACUCUCACCACUGCCACCAUUAGUGAUAUGGACCAGCAAACGGUCUACUGCGUGUCCUCCACUGCCAAAUAUAGCAGCAUCCUACGGCGCAUCUUAUGGAACACAUCACCACGCAAAUGCUGAAAGCGGCAAUCAAGUAGCGACCUCUGAAUUCUCCUACGCAUAUAAUGCUCCCCAGCGAUCCUUAUUCAGCUCUUGGAACACAUCAAUAUCUACCUCCGGUGCCCUUCAAGAUCAUCCUUUGCUGGAGAAUGUGGCAGACUUUAUGGAGCAAAUACCAGAGUUCCAGGGGAGCAACGAUACAAACGCUACUGAAGUUUCAACAACAGCUGUUGAAAACCCAUGCUCUAAUCCCAUGACACCGGCAGUGGACACUGAAAAAAGAUCGCAAGACAAAAGUAACCAAACUGUGAACUAUCCCGUUUCGGUUUCAGAUCACUACACAGGCCACGGGCACGUAGCGUACGACUCGGAAGAUAGCACCUACUCAAGAAAGUCGGCCGAUGUGGACGUUCACACAAUCAGACGCUCUCCAGUAUCUCCUCGACCGUCUAGCAUAUCUGAGGAUCCCAGACAUCACGAUCGUCAAACACUGAACAAUAUCCCCACCUCUGAGUGGGUUUUUGAGGAAGAUUGUCAACUUCAAACUGACCUUACUCAACAUGAAACGUCGCUCAGCAAAGAAACAGAUAAGUCACUCGAUCCCCAGCAUGAUACGCUUGAUCGAGCACAUUCACAUCAUGGAGAAAAGCCGCUUAAAUGUAAGCAUAGCGAUAACUUAUUUCCUGCUCAAUCUUGUUUGACAUCUCAUGAAUGUACACAUCCAGAAGAGAACUCUUUCACAUGUAAAGUGUGCGAUAAAACCUUCAAUACGCGAUAUAAUCUUAACCGUCAUGGACGUGUUCACUCAGGAGAGAAACGCUUUACGUGCAAAUACUGCGCUAAGUCAUUCAGAAGUAAAUCUAAUCUUACUGUUCAUGAACGCAUCCAUGCCGGGGAGAAGCGGUUUAAGUGUGAUCACUGUGAUCAAUUGUUUACCCACCAUCGCAACCUACGAGUUCAUGAACGUAGGCAUACCGGACAGAGGCCUUUUAACUGUAAAUUAUGUGGCAAGGCAUUCAGACAAUCAUCACAUCUCCAAAAUCAUCAACGCAUCCAUACUGGAGAGAAACCUUUCAAGUGUCAACAAUGUGGUACGGCAUUCAAGCAAACAUCAGCUCUUACACAUCACCAACGAAUUCAUACUGGAGAGAAACCAUUUCUGUGCAAGGAAUGUGGAAAGUCGUUCAAUCGGAAAUACAACCUCACAGUUCAUGCAAUCAUGGAUGACUGUGAAUGGAAUUCGGAGAGUAGCGUGGCCUCUGAUGCACUCUCACCUUUGGCACCAUUAGUCAUAUGGACCAGCAGAAGGUCUACUGCGUGUCCUUCACCGCCAAAUAUAGCAGCAUCAUACGGCACAUCUUAUGGAGCACAUCACCACGCAAAUGCUGAAAGCGGCAAUCAAGGAGCGACCUCUGAAUUCUCCUACGCAUAUUAUCCUCCUCAGCGUUCCUCAUUCAGCUCUUGCAACACAUCAAUAUCUACCUCCGAUGCCCUUCAAGAUCAUCCUUUGAUGGGGGACGUGGCAGACAAGUUCAGGGAGCAACUACCAGAGUUCCAGAGAAAUACAAAUACAAACGCUACUGAAAUUUCAACAACAGUUGUAGAAAACCCAUGCUCUUAUCCCAUGACGUCGGCAGUGGACACUGACAACAGAUCGCAGGACAACAGUCACCAAACUACUACCUAUCCCGUCUCAGUUUCAGAUCACUACACAGGCCAUGGUCAAGUAGCUUAUGACUUGGAAGAUGUGAAUUGCUCAAGCAAGUCUGCCGAUGUGGACUUUCACAUCUACGGACGUAUUCCAGUAUCUCCUCUGUCGUCUAGCUUUUCUGAGGAUCCUAAACAUCACGAUCUCCAAGCGUUCAACAAUAUUCCCACCUCUGAGUCCUUUUCGGAGGAAGAUUGUCAACUUCAAAUUGACCUUUCUCUACCUGAAACGUUGCUCAGCAAGGAAAUAGAUAAGUCACGCGAUCGCCAGCAUGAUAAUUCGUUCACUUGUAAAGUGUGCGAUAAAACCUUCAGUAGGCGAUAUAAUCUGACCCGACAUGAAACGGUUCACUCAGGUGUGAAACCUUUUACGUGCAAGUACUGCGCUAAGUCAUUCCGUGAUAAAUCCGGUCUUACCCGUCAUGCACGUGUCCAUACCGGGGACAAGUCGUUUAAGUGUGAUCACUGUGAUCAAAUGUUCACCGAAAAUUACAGCCUACGAGUUCAUGAACGUACGCAUACCGGAGAGAAGCCCUUUCAGUGUAAAUUAUGCGGCAAGGCAUUCACGCAAACAUCACAUCUCAGAGAUCAUGAACGCAUCCAUACUGGAGAAAAACCGUUCAAGUGUAAAGUAUGUAACAAGGCAUUCAGACAAAAAUCAAAUCUCACACGUCAUCAACCCAUACAUUCUGGAGAGAAAUAAUGUUUGUGCAAGGAAAGUGGAGAGCCUGUCCAUAGAAAAUCCAGCCUCGCAGCACAUGCACGAACCCAUUCCUAAGAGAUAGGGAUCAUGUGUCAACGAUCGUGGCAAAUCUUUCGUUGCGAAAAACUCUCUUUGAAAGAUUAAGAACGGACAAACACUCUUAAACAGAGGCUUUUUGAAAAUCAUAGGAAAUCACGAAUUUUAUGUCCGUUUUGAAUCGUUAGUAAACUCAAUGCCGAUGAGAGGCUGAUCUGAUCUGCAUUUUAAUACCCGCUUGCUUACACGCUGAAUUCACCAAUAAUAAUAAUGUGUAACAUCAAAAACAUUAUUUUGUGCCAUUGUAUUUAAGCUGAUAUGUACUAUUUUAUUCCAUGUUGUCCUUUGCACAUCUUACACAGACGGAGCGUAUUUCCAUUGUAACUAAGAAGCCCUUUCGAAUGUCGAAUGCUAGUAUACUACUUCAAGAGCACGUACGCCUGGUAUGGAUAUUUGCGGUUGCGGAGGAGAUCUGCUGUGUUCAAGUUCGCGUCUAACGCUACAAAUUUUCGGUCUGUAUAUAUCUUUUUGGUCCCAUGUGUAAUAUUGUAUAGUCCUGUUCUAGUCUUCGCCCGUCAAAUUUUCUAAUACUAUCUCAAUGUUCA